GCCUCCGCUUCAAGGUGCUCCUGUUGGACCAUGAUGAUACCACGGUGAAAGGCACCGAGGAGGUCCACUACCCGGCGCACGUGGAGAGCGUGCGGAUCCUCCGACCCGACCUAGAGCCGGUGUCUUUGGAGGAAUGGUUCAGAAAGAACCACGAGCCAGGCGUGUCAAACUACCUGAAGAUGCUCUUCACACCCGAGCAGAUGGUCAAGGAGCACGAGAUUUGGGAAAAGGCCAUGGAGCAGAAGGUACCGGCUUUCUACGAAGGCAUGGCCGAGCUUCUGAAAGAAUAUCGGGCCAGGGGUGGUCGUGUGGCAGUGGUUUCCCACAGCCCCGCGCAUGUCAUACGCCACCACUACGACGCGCAUCCUUGGGCAGAGCAGAUCCGGCCAGACCUGGUCUUGGGUUGGGACCAGGAUCCAGCUAAGCGGAAGCCCUCUCCGUGGCCGGCCAUGCAAGCGCCGCCUGACGAGAACUAG